CGUUGAUGUGAGCAGACGUGUUGCAAACAUUUUAAAUAAUUAUAAAUUUGUGUAAUAACAAAAUUGAGUCUUACUGUCUUGUUAUUAAAGUGGUUAUUUAAAUUGAUCCAUUGAGUAAAGAUACGCCCUACUGAAAAAGUAUAGGUCGCUAGGAGCGCUUUAUCACUCGAGCAUCGUGAGUACUGCAACCCAAGUGUCCACGGCGUAACUAUCGUGUGCGCUCUAUUGACGUCUAAGUUAAUACGCUGUAGAAGAAAUGUCGCAUAACGUUGGCGGUCAGAGGUCUCCCGGUAAGAUUGUAGCCGGUAGCGCACCGCAGCCAGGGCCGGCUAAGGAGGGAGAAGUGACCACUGCUGAAUUAUCUGGGAAGCGGAACAAGCGUAAGCAGCCGCCGGAGAGGGAUUGUAAUUGUACUCAUGAAUUGUCAGGAUUCAGAUCCGAAAUGAAACAAAUGCUAAAAGAAUUUACCACUAACAAAGAAAAAUUCAUGACUUCUAUGCGUGAGGAUAUAUCGCAAAUAAAAAAUCAAAUAGGCAAUAUACAGGUAACCACAGAACACUUGUCAAAGGAAAAUGAGAAAAUUUCAUCGGAAAUAUCUUCCCUAAAACAACACAUCUCCAACACGGAUGACAAAAUUAAGAGCCUGCAGACCGAUAUAAAUGUCUUGAAAAGCGAAUCCUCAGCUGAUAAUCCGAAUACCCGCCCCUUGGACGAGGAAGGUUUAAUUAAGGAGAUUCGCGAACGCGCCUACAGGGAAAAAAACAUAAUAAUUUAUGGAAUAUCAGAACUAGCGGACGGCAAUAUUCAAGAAAAGCAGCAGCAUGACAAUAACGAAGUACAUAACAUAACUCAAUUGAUUAUUGAAAACUCACCAGUUCCUCAGCAGAUCUUUCGCCUUGGAAAGUUUAACCCGAACAAAACUCGACCUGUAAAGGUAUGUUACGAUUCUGCACAGACAGUAAAACAAAUACUACGCAAUAAGAACAAAAUCGAAAACAAGGAAGCCAAAAUAUAUGCAGAUCUAACACCCACCCAGCAAAACAACCUUAAAGCAUUACGUCAAGAACUCCGUACGAGACAAGAAAAUGGGGAAAAUAAUAUUACUAUAAAAUACGUCGACGGCUGUCCUAAAAUAAUUACAACGAAUACACCAAAAAACUAGCUAUGAGUAAACAACAUCCGCAAGCUUCUCUUAGUGAAGAUACUAUAAUAUCUUACGACCUUCCGCAAUCAUAUAGAGACAUUCGGAUAAAGCGGUCGUCACUUAAUAUUUUCUAUACAAAUAUACGCAGUUUGGUAAAGCCAGGGAAACUUGAUGAGCUCAAAUGUGUUAUCAAUAGCACCCAGAGUAAGAUCCACUUGAUAAUAUUAACCGAAACAUGGAUAAAAUCGGAAUCAGAAAUUCAAUACUUACAGAUUGAGAAUUACAGCCACUAUUCAAACUAUAGAACCAAUGCCAGAGGUGGAGGAGUGUCAAUUUUCGCUCAUAAUGAUCUUAAGCAUUAUUUAUUGGAAGAAACCUACAAAAAUGGUAACAAUUACUUAUGGAUCCACAUUAGUAAGCUUCAACUGGACAUUGGUGUCGUUUACAAGCCAGGUGACACGAAUAUUAAUAGUUUUUUGGAAGAUUUCGACUUACAACUACAAAAACGAAAACGAGCAAUGAUCUUUGGAGAUUUUAAUUUGAACCUGCUAUCAUGUGACAGAAAUACCGUAAGAUACAAAGAACUACUGCAAGAAUGCGGAUAUUCCAUCUUAAACAAUAUCGACGUGAACUACGCAACUCGUAAAUCCACUUUAACAAAUAGUAUUCUCGACCAUGUACUAACUAACCUGACAGAUAAUAAUUUCACUAUUUCAUUACUGGAUUCCGCGCUCUCUGACCAUGUUCAAAUAUUUGUAAGUGUAGACAAAACAAAAAUCAACCAAAAACAACGUGUCAGAUAUGAAGCACUUAACUAUGAUACCUUGUUCGACUCAGCCAAAGUUUAUAAUUUCAAUUAUGAUAAUAACAACUACAAAGACCUUGAAGUAUCUAUUAGUAAUCUUAUAACUAGCAGCACUAUAACAAAAACCAAAAUACUAAACUUACCUCGUAAUGACUGGAUUAAUAGAGACAUUAUCAAUAAUAUUAACAACAGAAAUGCUUUAUGGCAGUCACUAAAAAAGAACCCCGGUAACCCGAACCUCAAAGACAGCUUUAAUAAAAAAAGAAACGAGACAACGCAAUUAAUACUAAAAGCAAAAAACAAGUACUACACUGAUAAGUUUUCAAAAUGUUUGCACGAUCCUAAAAAAACCUGGAGUCUGAUUAACGAAAUAUCCGGUAAUAAAAUUAAAAAUGUCUGUAACCCUCCCAAACUUUUGUUAGACUCUGUACUCUUUACCGAAGGCACAGCAGUGUGUGAAAUUUUUAACAACUUUUUUGCUAACAUAGGAUCCGAGCUAGCGAACCAAAUUCCUACGAGAUAUCAUAAUAAUACCACCUGGACAGUUAACUGCUCAACAGCAACUAGUAAUGAACUAUCAGACUUUGCACCAUGCUCUAGUGAUGAAAUAUCCAAAAUAAUAGAUGCGUUAGACAGCAACACUAGUGCAGGAAUCGACGGAAUUAGUACGAAGAGCAUAAAAUGUUUAAAAGUUUACAUCCUAGAAGGAAUUACAAAUUGCCUCAACAAAUGUCUAAACAAUGCAGUUUUUCCUGACGAAUUAAAAGUGGCAAAGGUCAGCCCAAUUCACAAAUCAGGCCCAAAGACCGACCCUGGAAACUACCGCCCAAUCUCGGUUUUGCCGGUUAUUUCUAAAAUCUUUGAGAGGGUGCUGUACAAUCGCCUGGACAAAUAUUUAAGUAGUAUAGGUUUUCUUUUCGAACGUCAAUACGGCUUCCGCAACAAAUCUAACACAUUAUCUGCAACUGUUGACCUAGUGACCAAAAUCAAAUCUAGUAUAGAUGCUAAGAAUAUCGUUCUUGGCGUAUUCAUUGAUCUUAAAAAGGCCUUUGAUACGGUAAGUCACCCGAUACUACUUCGAAAGCUUUCUGGCAUUGGUGUCAUCGGCAAUGCUCACAAAAUGUUUGCGUCAUAUCUUUCCAAUCGAUUUCAAGUAGUUAAAAUAGGCAAUUACCAAAGUACAGCACAAACUAUUACCUAUGGCGUGCCACAAGGAUCGAUUCUAGGGCCGCUUCUAUUUUUAAUAUAUAUGAACAAUAUUAGCACACUUAAACUUAAUGGAGAGAUCUCGCUCUACGCGGAUGAUACGUGUGUUUUUUAUUAUGGGAACUCAAUUACCGACAUGGCUAAAUUAGCUCAGGAUGAUCUUAACAUUCUGUACAAGUGGUUUCAAUACAAUCUGCUUACAAUCAACACUUCUAAAACCUCAUACAUCAUAUUCAAAUCUAAAAAUAAAACAAUACCUAGUCACACUCCUUUAUCAAUCAACAAUGUCACAAUCAACCAAUCAUCACAGGAAAAGUACCUCGGCUUGAUAUUGGAUAGUGGUCUGACGUGGAAGGCACACAUAGAUAAAAUAAAAUCAAAAUUGUCUAGCAUCAUGGGUUCAAUAAGAAACAUAGUUAAAUUCAUUCCGCCUACUGUUAAAUUUAAUAUAUACAACUCACUAGUUAAAUCGCAUCUAAAUUACCUGAUUGAAAUAUGGGGCAGUGCCGCGAAAACAAAUCUUAAGUAUCUCCAAAUUGCUCAAAAUAAAAUAAUAAAACUAUUGUUUAAUUACGACUACCUAACACCGACUAAUACAGUUUAUUCUAAAUCUAAACUAAUGAGCCUAAAACAACUAUAUACUUAUAAUACAAUAAUACUUAUUAAAAAAAUCCUUAAUAAAACCAUGCACUGUCAAACCACAUUCAGAACAAAUAAGGAAAGCGGCAAGAGAAACCUUCGUAGUGCAAAUAAGUUAUCCCUACCUUUUAUACGAACAAAAAAUUUUGGCACAAAUAAUAUAACAUAUCAGGGUGCGCGAAUGUACAAUAAUUUACCAGCAAA